GCUCAGGUGCCCCGACGACCCCCGCCGCCCCCCCAGCCCCCGGCGCCCUCGCCCGCCAGCGGCUCUCGUCGAGCGCGCCUCGCCAUGGCCCGCGGAGCGACGCCCCGCCUCGGCGGCCUCCUGGCGUGCGCCUGCCUGCUGCUCUGCGCGCGCCGCGCGCCGCUCCCGGGGUGCUUCUGCGGGCCCUGGGCGGCCGCGGGCCCGCCCCUGCGCGCCGUCGCCAUGCGCGGCAUGCCGACCAUGGGCACCGCCCCCGACGGCAAGGAGACCCUGCUGGAGAGGGAGGCGAGGCGCCAGGCGGCGGUGGAGGCGGAGAUCGCCGCCGAGGCCGCGGCGCCGACGGUGGAGGCGGACAAGCUCCUGAACUUCGGCAGCUCCAUCACCGGCCUGCUGAAGCCCCUCCUGCAGGCGCAGGCGAAGUUCGCCGCCGGGGACUACGACCGGGACCAGGUCCGCGCGGCCAUCGAGGCGGAGACGAGGUCGGCGCCCGUCGUGGUGUACACCCUGUCGCAGUCCCCCUUCUCGAUCGAGGCCAAGCGCCUGCUGGACGAGUCGAAGGUCGACUACAGGGAGAUCGAGCUGGCGCCCCUGUUCUUCCUGGCGGACGGGGAGAACGCCGCCAAGCGCGCGGAGCUCGGGGCGAUGACGGACCGCACGAGCAUGCCCCACAUCUUCAUCAACGGGCAGAGCAUCGGCGGGGUCUACGACGGGACGCCCGGGCUCGCCACGCUCGUGGAGUCCGGGGAGUUGAAGACGAUGGUGAAGCCUCCCAGCACCAGCCCGCUGGACGGUCUGUUCGCCAUGUUCCGCUGAGGCGGGGGGCCAGGGGGGCCUUGGCCGGACUGGUUCGCCCGGCAGCUUUUCCCAUUCGCGGGCCGCGUGGCCCGCCCGCCUUUUUCGCCCCGUGCCAUCUUCGUUGGCCUCGGCAAGACAGUGCGUCGGCGCCGCGUCGUGGGUCGACAGGGAUGGGUCCCUCCC